AUUCAGAGGCGUGUUUAUCCGGGCCAUGGCGCUACACUGAGGGCGAGGCAUUGUUGUCCUCUGCCUGCUUGCAGGGUACAUACAUCUGCAGAGCAGGCAGCAGUUGUUUAUAGAAGUGUUUACAUUUGCACAGUGAAGAUGUCUCUAAAGGCGGUGGGCACCGCGCUGACAUGGACACUGAGGACUACCGGACAAGGGACUCCUCCCGUGGUGCGGUCCCUCAAAGUGAACAGACUUUCUACAACAUGCAGUGUGUCUGCAGGAACAAAACAGGGCUGCGGAAAAACUAACACACAAAGUUGCAGCUCCAACUCGGAGACACCGGGUGGAGACGUGUCUAACGUGUCAUCAGACAGCGAGUCUCCUCACAGAUGCGGCGCAGGGGAGAAGAAACGGGCCAAGGAGCCCGUGGGUGCUCCCGGUGUUACUGGUGUGAGACGACGGUCAUACACCUCGUCUUCAGCAGCUCCGGUAAAGCAGAGCUCCUACAUGUGGGCUCGGUACAAUGACACGAAACGACUAGUCCACGAACUGAUCCCACCAGGUGCAUGUAAUCUCCUCAACUCCUCCACCAUCUACGCUAACAAUGAGGUCGACCUGGCUGAAGUGGACAUCUACGGCUUUGACUAUGACUACACACUGGCUCUGUACUCAAAUUCUCUUAAUGAGAUGAUCUACAAUAAAGCAAAAAGCUUCCUAAUCGAACACUUUAAGUACCCUGAAGGCAUCCACAAGUACGAUUACAUUCCCAACUUUACUGUCCGGGGUCUUCACUAUGACAUCCAAAAGGGUCUCCUGAUGAAGAUAGAUGCCUUCCAUUACAUUCAGCCAGGAACAGUGUAUCGGGGACUGAGCCCAGUGCCAGAUGAGGAGGUCCUUCAGCUCUACGGGGGGACCUUCCAUGUCCCCCUGCAGCAGGACAGUGGCUUCUAUGGGAAAGGACCCAAAGUGAAGCAGUACAUGGACAUCUUCUCCAUCCCUGAGAUGACGCUCAUGGCUGUGGCAAAUGAUUUUUUCCUCACCAAUGACAUCGAAUAUGAUCCAGUUCACCUCUUCAAGGACGUCUCAGAAGCAAUUGGCAUGGUCCACCUCAAGGGCUACAUGUACAAAUGGAUCAUGGAGGAUCUCGAUAAGUUCAUUCCGAGAGGAGAAGAGACCGAUGCUGUUCUGCAUCGACUGGUCAGCAAUGGAAAGAAGCUAUUCCUCAUCACCAACAGUCCCUUCUGCUUUGUGGAUAAAGGCAUGACACACAUGGUGGGAAAAAACUGGAGAGAAUUCUUUGACGUUGUAAUUGUCCAAGCAGACAAACCUCACUUCUUCACCGAUUGUAUCAAACCCUUCAGGCGUUUGGAUGAUAAUGGGGACCUUCGGUGGGAAAAGAUAAACAGUUUGGACAAAGGACAGAUCUACAAACAGGGAAAUCUGUUUGACUUCCUCCGACUGACAGGAUGGCGAGGCCCAAAGGUUCUGUACUUCGGAGACCAUCUUUAUAGUGACUUGGCUGAUUUGAUGUUACGACACGGUUGGCGCACAGCAGCCAUCGUACCUGAGCUGGAGCAGGAAACCAAAGUGGUGAGCACAGACCGGUUUGGUCUGAGCCUCACCUGGCUCCAGGCGUUGACCGGCCUCAUGGAACGCCUACAGACACUUCGGGACCCGGAGUGUAAACUGAUUUUUCAGGAAUGGCAGAAGGAGAGAGAAGAACUCAGGGCGAUGACAAAGAACUUGUUCAACCCUCAGUUCGGCAGCAUCUUCAGAACCUGUCACAACCCCACGUAUUUCUCCAGGCGUCUGUCUCGUUUCUCAGACAUCUACAUGGCCUCCCUCGGCUGUCUUCUAAACUACGACCUCUCGUACACUUUCUACCCCCGCCGCACCCCUCUGCAGCACGAGGCUCCUCUGUGGAUGGACCAGCUUUGCACAGGCUGCAUGAAGACCCCUUUCCUGGAGGAGAUGUCUCACAUACGAUGAGAUCUGCGCUCUCCUCAGUGACUGAUUAAGGUUUUAAACCUGCUGAACAUUUCGAUUUUUUUUUAUUCAGGAAAUGCCUCAUUUUAGUUUAGAAGGUAACGCACAACGUCCUCCACAGGGUAAAGGUUUCAUGUUCUCCACAGUGACCCACUUUCCUGAUGAUGUCACUAGAGGGUGCUGUAGAUUUAGCUGCUGUUUAGAGAUUGUACCAUUCAACAUUGACACACACUCUUUGCUGCCUGAUUCAAAGGGAUACAACAACACUGCGCAACUUAAAGCUACUACUGCACAAUUACAACAAAUAAAUGAAUUAAAUGUUGCAUAA